AUGCCGUCGAAUUCACCCCCCGUAGUCGAGGGAGCUUUGCCAACACGGGCGACGGGAAGGACAGGCGGAACAGCAGCUCUAAUCAACGACACGGACAGCCCCCCGCGACGAAGACCCCGCGUGGAUUCCGACGUCUCGCGCUCCAGCACUCUCGCUCCGCACCAGCAACAGUCAACCCAACAGUCAACCAAACCGAGUCCGAAGCGGUUCAAGUUCGGCGCCGACGAUUCUUCUCCCUCCCACUCCGCCAUGUCGACCAAAAUGAAGGGGAAACUCCCCGAGGUCAUUGACCUCACGCAGUCCAACUCGUACCGGCCGUACACGGGCGCCAAGAAGCUGGUGAUCAAGAACCUGCGGCCCGCGGCCCGGAACGAGCAGCUAGAGCAGUACUACAAACGGACCAACCAGGAGCUGGUUGAUGCCCUGCAGGACAUUUUCAACGGGGGCAGGCCGCGAGUGCCCUUGGAGAGGCUAUAUCGGGCUGUCGAGGAUAUCUGUAGGCGUGGCCAGGACCACGAGUUGGAGCUUUAUGAGAUACUGCGGCGAAAUUGCGAGGAACACCUGGCCCAUGGCGUCCUUCGAUCGAUCAAGUUCCGUGGCGGCAACACAGAUGUCGACAUGCUGCGGAGUGUCCUCCAGCAUUGGCGGGUUUGGAACAGUCAAAUCAUGACGAUAAGGUCUACAUUCAGCUUUCUGGAUCGUACUUUCCUCCUCAAGGAGAAAGGCUACCCUUCCAUCAACGACAUGACCAUUUCUCAGUUCAAGAGAAUGGCGUUUCCGUCUCGAGAUGAUCCCAAUGGCCAGUCGCCCGGUGGCAGGGCACUACGGGGCAUAUACGACCUGAUGUACUAUGACCGACUUGGGGACGAGCGAUUUGAUGCUGCAUUACUAAAGGAUUCCAUCAUGAUGCUUCACGUCUUCAACAUCUACACCAAAUACUUUGAACCCCGGUUCAUCGAAAUUUCAGAGCACUACUUUGAAGAAUUCGCAGAGGAGAGGAGCGCGUCGAGUCUAAAGGAGUACAUUUUGGCGUGCGAAAGUCUCCUAAAGAGAGAGGACUACCGCUGCAACGAGUACAACCUGGACUCGACGACGAAGAAACAGUUGCUCGACGCGGCGCACGGCAUAUUGGUCAAGAAUUAUUCCGACAAGCUCCUCAAUGUUGAGAGCCUUUCCAAGCUUCUCUCCGACUACGAAGUGGAUUCGAUGAAGGCGCUCUACGAUUUGCUGCGGCUCUCGGGUAUCCAGAAGAAACUGAAGGAACCUUGGAGCGCAUACAUCCGGAAAACAGGCGCAAUCAUCGUUGCCGACAAGGAACGAGGCGAUGAGAUGGUGCAAAGACUCCUCGAGCUCAAGAGGUCCCUAGGGCUCAUCGUACGGGACGCGUACGGGGGCGACUCGGACUUCGUUAACGAUCUCAGGAAUGCGUUUGGCGAUUUCAUGAACGACCGCAGCAUCGCGGCGACAUGGACCUCAGGGACAUCCAAGGUGGGAGAGAUGAUUGCAAAGUACGUCGACAUGCUGCUUCGAGGUGGCAUCAAGGCUCUGCCGAAAGCGAUGCUUUCGGACAACAAAGACCGCGCUGCGGCAGAGCAGAGCGGGUUGGCCAGCGCAGGGGACGAAGACGCGGAGCUCGACCGGCAGCUCGACCAGGCUCUCGAGCUUUUCCGCUUCAUCCAGGGCAAGGACGCAUUUGAGGCGUUUUACAAGAAGGACCUGGCCCGUCGUCUGCUCAUGGGCAGGAGUGCCAGUCAGGACGCCGAACGAAACAUGCUCAGAAAGCUCAGGGAGGAGUGCGGUAUGAACUUUACUCACAACUUGGAGCAGAUGUUCAAGGACGUCGAGGUGGCCAAAGAGGAGAUGGAAGCGUACAAGCAAUGGUCCGAAGGCACCGGCGUUGACAGAGCCCCUGUCGACCUCUCGGUAAUGAUCCUCUCGGCUGCUGCUUGGCCAACGUAUCCCGAUGUUAAGGUACACCUGCCGGACGAUGUGGCCAAACAGAUUGAGCGCUUCGAUCAAUACUAUAAGAACAAGCACACCGGCCGGCUCUUGAAUUGGAAACACGCUCUGGCGCACUGCACGGUCAAGGCGAAAUUCCCAAAGGGCACGAAGGAGCUUCUCGUGAGCGCAUACCAGGCGAUCGUCCUCGUUCUCUUCAACGAGGUCGGUCUCGAGGGCUUUCUUACCUAUGAGCAGAUCUCGCACUCCACAAAUCUCCAGGGCGGGGAACUGGUCCGGACGCUGCAGUCACUCGCGUGCGGCCAGUUCCGCGUGUUGACGAAGCACCCUAAGGGUAAAGACGUCAACCCAACAGACACGUUUACGAUCAACAAGACGUUUGUGCAUCCGAAGAUCCGGCUCAAGAUCAACCAAAUCCAGCUCAAGGAGACCAAGGAAGAGAACAAGGCGACGCACGAGCGCAUCGCGCAGGACAGGCGGUUCGAGACACAGGCGGCUAUUGUGAGAAUCAUGAAGAGCAGGAAGGAGAUGAGCCACGGCGAGCUGGUGGCCGAGGUUAUCAACCUGACCAAGAACCGCGGGGCGGUUGAUGCGGCGCAGAUCAAGAAGGAGAUUGAGAACUUGAUUGAUAAAGAUUACCUCGAGCGCGAGGGCAAUACCUACACUUACCUGGCGUAG